GUACACAGGCAGGUGGUUUACAUUGUUUAGGUUUACUUUGUUUUGUUCACUUUGUUGCAUUGCAUUCGGUUAAAUCGCUUAUGAGUAAACAGUCUACAGGACAAUAAAAUAAAAAAUAUUAACGGUAAUGGGUUCUGAGAAAAGAAGUGUAAUUUAUACAGCUACUAUUGAGAAUCAAACAGAUGAUGACGAUUUGUUACCAAAAUGCUUUGAAAUCAGGUCCGAUGUGGAAGACAAUGAAAUACCAAACACCGGGGAAGAAUAUCUUCUUAAAGUUGUGAAAGAACGUGCAAAUAUUGCUGCAGUAACUGUGUGCGAUAACGACAUAACAAAGUUUACCAAAAAUCAAUCACGUUUUUACAAAGAGCCUCCAAGGACGAAACCAGCACCAGAUAAACUUAAGCCUACAAUAGAAUGGCAAAACAUUCAAAUUAAGAAUUUCACAGAUGUUCGCAGAAACAUGAGUAACAUAAUUGCUAACCUUACCAAAAGAAAUUUGUGGAGUGCUAAAGUGAAAAAAAUAGUAAUUCCUGAUCAAUCACUUGUGGGUUGGAAAGUAUUUUUUAAAGACCAUGAUUCUACUGUUACAAAUAUACUUGGCUUUAGUCCCGAGCUGCUUGAUAUAGGGUUGGAAAUGCUUACAGAUAUUAUAAAAGAAGUUCCACCUGGUCACACUAUAGAGCACGAAACCGGUAGAUGGAUAUAUGCAGUCUUAGCACGAAUAACACACCCUCCACUCUCGGAAACAAUAAGCCUUCUAAGAAAUCUAGCCAGAGCUUGUGCUGAAAUUAGGUCACAUAUUAACCAAGAAAAUGAAGAUGCCUCAUUGAUGGCUGCACCUCUGAAUCUAUUUAUUUGCAUAGUUGCCAGGUAUUUCGGACAGUUGGACUUAGCCGAUUAGCCUGAUGAUGACUAAUGUGAAAAACAAAGUUUUGUACGGAACACUAAAAAUUAGCAAAGAUACAGGUUUACUCAUAACAUAAAAUUUGGCUGAAUGUGAUACCAAUAUAAUACCAAUUUCAGUGUUUCACUGAUAUUACUCGUAUAAUGUAAAGGUACAGCACCAAAUGAUUGGUACUCAUAAUAUAAACAUUCCCGCGCCCAAAAAUCCGGGGUAUGCUUAUUAGUGUUUUAUAUUAUUAUUAAUCGUGAAGUUAUUGAAUAAAACAACUUGUAAAAAGCAGAUCAUUUCAUUUUAAUCACAUCAUAUUCACACACUUUGUAUUUUAGUCCAUAAAAAAUAUUAAUAAACAUAUACUUCUGAUAAAUAAUAAAAUAAUCUUAAACUUUAUAUAACUUGGAACAAUAAUUCAAACAAUACAGGUAUUGAAACAAUUUGCGAACAAUCAUAUUGCUGCAGUAUUAAAAAAUAACAUGAUUAAGUAUAAAAUUUAAAUAAUAUACGUUCAUUAUAUACAAUUUUCCACUAUGUGAGGUAGGGAUGGAAUUUCCGGUUAAUACUUAUCUACCUUUACAUCUUUCUUAGGUUAUUAUUUUUUCUGGUAGGGACAAGAUAUUUCACCUAAAAAUUUGGUACUACCUAUAUUAGAUAACAGUCAAACAUUACAAGAUAUUUUAAAGGAAUUGUGUUUGUGAUUAAAUCAAUAGGAAAAAGAAAUUGACCUUUUGCAAUAAAGUAACAUUAGCCUUACUUGACUUAUGCUAAUAUAGUUUCUAUUGUAAAACUAUACUGAAUAUAAAUUGGUUUAGAUUGAAUGAUACGACGUCUUUGACCGGCCUUUUGUAGUCAUUGUUAUAACAGGAUGUAGUGAUGUCACUCAUUCAAUAAUCUUGUAAGUUUGUUGAAUGGUAGGCAAGUUUCCUAUAUAAACGUUAAUGAUUAAAAUCAGAGAUUUAAACUUUUAAUAUUGAGUGGCGUUAUAAUUUAAGAAAAUAUUGCAUAAAGUAGUUUCUCUUUUUGAGGACACCAGCCCUUUUCCUUUAACAAUUUCGUUUUGGGUUCAAUUGUUAUAUUAUAAAGCUUUAAUUAUGUGAACAUAAGGUAUAUUUUCCCUAAUAAUGGUGAGUUUCAAAAUAUUGUACAAUAAUCAAACGACUUAUGGGAUAUUCUAAUCAUGGCAAAAAAUAUGCCCUAUUUAUAGGACAGGAUAAUGACGUCGUAACACUAUAGCGAAUACCUUUACUUGUAUCUAAAUAUAUCAGACACACAAUAGACAGGGAGAUAAUAAAAUAAAUACAUUUAUAAGUGGCUGUGCCAUAAACGAUUGUAGAUAAUAAAUACUUCGUAUAGAACAUUAAAAUAUACGUGAUGUAGGAAAGUGUAAAAGUUAUUAUCACAUUGUGUCUGAAGAUCAUUGCUUACAGCCCAAUGAUCUCAUUUGAUGAUUUAAGGCCUGUGCACACCGGCUGCGUGUGCGUGACGUGCACGUGCGCGUGCCGCGUUGUAGUAUACAGAUCCUUAUGAGAGAUGGCACACCGCU